AUUGAUGAAACACCAAAAUAAGAUGAAAAAAAGACAAACGUUCUCCCAGGACCACAUGUACUACAGCUACGGCUGCCGAUAGGCUCAGCGUCCCCCUAUACAUAGUACUGUAUGUAGGUAUUGCCCUGGGACUCGCCGAGAUGAUGGGCCAUUUCGUACAAUCCGCUGGAACCAGGCCAUGACAGGCGCGUAACCGAGACAGGGCAAUCGUGCAUGGGACGAUUUCUGCUGCCUGUCGGCUACCUAUCGACCGUCCUACCGUACUCAGUACUCAGUAGAGUAUGGUCUGGCAGAGGUCUGUCUGGUAUCCAUGAAUGGUGUUGCUGGAUUCGAGUUACUUGUCACCACAGGGCGGUGCAGUCACACUCGGUCUGGGGGUUCGGCCUUGACCCCACCGCCCCGUACCCCUUUACUUACAGUACCUACGGUACUUAUGUGGUCAGCUCGUCAUCUGGCCUCACGUCUCCUGAUUAUCUAGGGACACGGACUGCGGGCGGGUUUGGCCUACCUGCGCUAUCAUACCUACCGUAUUACACAAAACACUUACUACAUAGUCGAGAUGUAGGCAGUGUAGCAGUCUCUAAAGACACACGUGAUUGAUAGGUACCGUAUGAAGGAAACAUGCAUCCUAAACCAGGUAGGUAUUAGGAGACGGGUGCAUCUGCAGAACAGCCCAUCCGGUCCAGCUGAAACGAUAACGUAGAACCAGAUCAGUGUCGCAACGUCGG